CGGGCGGGAGGGCGGGCGACCGGCCGCAGCCAUGGAGCCCCGCAGCAUGGAGUAUUUCAGCGCCCAGGUGCUGCAGAAGGACGUCGGCGGCCGGCUGCAGGUCGGCCAGGAGCUCCUGCUCUACCUCGGCAACCCCGGCGCCAUCCCGGACCUGGAGGAAGACCAGAGCCGCCUAGGCAAGACUGUGGACGCACUCACCGGCUGGGUGGGCUCGAGCAACUACCGGGUAUCCUUAAUGGGACUGGAAAUUUUAAGUGCCUUUGUGGACAGAUUAUCAACACGAUUUAAGUCCUAUGUAGCAAUGGUUAUUGUAGCUUUAAUAGACAGAAUGGGAGAUGCCAAAGACAAAGUCCGAGAUGAAGCUCAGACUCUGAUAUUGAAGUUAAUGGACCAAGUAGCACCGCCUAUGUUCAUUUGGGAGCAGUUGGCUUCUGGUUUUAAGCACAAGAAUUUUCGAUCUCGAGAAGGCAUUUGUCUGUGUCUUAUUGAAACCUUAAACAUUUUUGGGGCUCAGCCCCUUGUCGUCAGCAAGUUGGUACCUCAUUUGUGCAUCUUAUUUGGAGAUUCCAACAGCCAGGUGAGAGAUGCUGCAAUAUUGGCUAUUGUAGAGAUUUAUAGACAUGUGGGAGAGAAAGUGAGGAUUGAUCUUCAUAAGAGAGGAAUUCCCUCUGCUAGAUUAGAAAUGAUAUUUGCCAAAUUUGAUGAAGUGCAAAAUUCAGGCGGUAUGAUUUUGAGUGUCUGCAAAGAUAAAAGCUUUGAUGAUGAGGAAUCAGUGGAUGGAAAUAGGCCAUCAUCAGCUGCUUCAGCUUUCAAGGUUCCUGCACCUAAAACAUCCGGAAAUCCUAUCAACAGUGUAAGGAAGCCUGGUUCAGCAGGUGGCCCUAAGGUUGGAGGUGCUUCUAAAGAAGGAGGUGCUGGAGCAGUUGAUGAAGAUGAUUUUAUAAAAGCUUUUACAGAUGUCCCUUCAAUUCAGAUAUAUUCUAGUCGAGAACUUGAAGAAACCUUAAAUAAAAUCAGGGAAAUUUUGUCAGAUGACAAACAUGACUGGGAUCAGCGUGCCAAUGCACUUAAGAAAAUUCGGUCGCUGCUCGUUGCUGGAGCUGCACAGUACGAUUGCUUUUUCCAACAUUUACGCUUGUUGGAUGGAGCACUUAAACUAUCAGCUAAGGAUCUUAGGUCCCAAGUGGUUCGAGAAGCUUGCAUUACUGUAGCCCAUCUUUCAACAGUUUUGGGAAACAAGUUUGACCAUGGCGCUGAAGCUAUUGUACCUACACUUUUUAAUCUUGUCCCUAAUAGUGCAAAAGUCAUGGCAACUUCUGGAUGUGCAGCAAUCAGAUUCAUCAUUCGGCAUACCCACGUACCCAGACUUAUCCCUUUAAUAACAAGCAAUUGCACAUCAAAAUCAGUUCCUGUGAGGAGGCGUUCAUUUGAAUUUUUAGAUUUGUUAUUACAAGAAUGGCAGACUCAUUCAUUGGAAAGACAUGCGGCUGUCUUGGUUGAAACUAUUAAGAAGGGAAUUCAUGAUGCUGAUGCUGAGGCCAGAGUGGAGGCAAGAAAGACGUAUAUGGGUCUUAGAAACCACUUCCCUGGGGAAGCCGAAACAUUAUAUAAUUCCCUUGAGCCAUCCUAUCAGAAAAGUCUUCAAACUUAUUUAAAGAGUUCUGGCAGUGUAGCAUCUCUUCCACAAUCAGACAGAUCCUCAUCUAGCUCACAAGAAAGUCUCAACCGCCCUUUUUCUUCUAAAUGGUCUACAGCAAAUCCAUCCGCUGUGGCUGGAAGAGUAUCGGCGAGCAGCAGCAAACCCAGUUCCCUUCCAGGAAGCUUGCAGCGUUCACGAAGUGACAUCGAUGUGAAUGCUGCUGCUGGUGCCAAGGCACAUCAUGCUGCUGUGCAGUCUGUGCGAAGUGGGCGGCUGGGUGCAGGGGCCUUGAAUCCAGGUUCCUAUGCAUCACUGGAGGAUACUUCUGACAAGAUGGAUGGAACAGCCUCUGAAGAUGGCCGGGUGAGAGCAAAGCUUUCAGCACCACUUACUGGCAUGGGAAGUGCCAAGACUGAUUCUAGAGGAAGAAGUCGAACAAAAAUGGUGUCUCAGUCACAGCGUUCAUCAUCACCUGACAAAAAUGAAGGAUCACAAUCUGCUAAUACCAUUGGUGCUGGCAGCCGGUCUGGGUCUCCAGGAAGAGUUCUGACCACUACAGCUCUCUCUACUGUGAGCUCCGGAGUUCAAAGAGUACUGGUCAGUUCCGCUUCAGCACAAAAAAGGAGCAAGAUACCACGGAGUCAAGGCUGUAGCAGAGAAGCUAGUCCAUCUAGGCUUUCAGUGGCCCGAAGCAGUCGUAUUCCUCGACCAAGUGUGAGUCAAGGUUGCAGCCGGGAAGCUAGUAGGGAGAGCAGCCGGGACACAAGUCCUGUUCGUUCUUUUCAGCCCCUUGCCUCCAGACACCAUUCCCGAUCUACUGGUGCCCUCUACGCCCCCGAUGUGUAUGGGGCCUCAGGUCCAGGGUACGGGAUCAGCCAGUCGAGCCGACUGUCGUCGUCUGUCAGUGCCAUGCGAGUCCUGAACACAGGUUCUGACGUGGAAGAGGCAGUAGCAGAUGCCUUGCUCUUAGGAGACAUACGGACUAAGAAAAAACCUGCUCGAAGAAGAUAUGACUAUGGAGUACAUUCAGAUGAUGAUGCCAACAGUGAUGCUUCCAGUGCUUGUUCAGAACGCUCCUAUAGUUCUCGAAAUGGUAGUAUUCCUACAUAUAUGAGGCAGACAGAAGAUGUGGCAGAAGUCCUCAAUAGAUGCGCUAGUUCCAAUUGGUCAGAAAGAAAGGAGGGCCUCCUGGGUCUGCAGAACUUAUUAAAAAACCAGAGAACAUUAAGUCGAGUUGAACUGAAAAGAUUAUGUGAAAUUUUCACAAGAAUGUUUGCUGAUCCUCAUGGCAAGAGAGUAUUCAGCAUGUUUUUGGAGACUCUAGUAGAUUUCAUACAAGUUCACAAAGAUGAUCUUCAAGAUUGGUUGUUUGUGCUGCUGACACAACUCCUAAAAAAAAUGGGUGCUGAUUUGCUUGGGUCUGUUCAGGCAAAAGUUCAGAAAGCCCUUGAUGUUACAAGAGAAUCUUUUCCAAAUGAUCUUCAAUUUAAUAUUCUAAUGAGAUUUACCGUUGAUCAGACCCAGACACCAAGCUUAAAGACAGUCAAGCCAGCACUUCGGGACCAGCUUCACUCUUUUUGGAGCUCCAAGGUAAAGGUUGCUAUCCUUAAAUACAUAGAAACUCUGGCCAAACAGAUGGAUCCAGGAGAUUUUAUAAAUUCCAGUGAAACUCGCCUAGCAGUGUCUCGGGUCAUCACUUGGACAACAGAACCCAAAAGUUCUGAUGUUCGGAAGGCAGCACAGUCAGUGCUGAUUUCUUUAUUUGAACUCAAUACCCCAGAGUUUACAAUGUUAUUAGGAGCUUUACCAAAAACUUUUCAAGAUGGUGCUACCAAACUGCUUCAUAAUCACCUUAGAAACACUGGCAAUGGAACCCAGAGUUCCAUAGGGAGUCCUUUGACAAGACCAACACCACGAUCACCAGCCAACUGGUCCAGUCCUCUUACUUCUCCUACCAACACAUCACAGAAUACUUUAUCUCCAAGUGCAUUUGAUUAUGACACAGAAAAUAUGAACUCUGAAGAUAUUUAUAGCUCUCUUAGAGGUGUCACUGAAGCAAUCCAAAAUUUCAGCUUCCGUAGUCAAGAAGACAUGAAUGAGCCAUUGAAAAGGGAUUCUAAAAAAGAUGAUGGUGAUUCAAUAUGUGGUGGUCCUGGAAUGGCAGACCCAAAGGCAGGAGGUGAUGCUACUGACUCAAGCCAAACAAGCAUUGAUAAUAAAGCUGCAUUACUCCAUUCAAUGCCUGCUCACUCCUCUCCACGCUCUCGAGACUAUAAUCCAUAUAACUAUUCAGAUAGCAUCAGUCCUUUCAACAAAUCAGCCCUCAAGGAAGCCAUGUUUGAUGAUGAUGCUGACCAGUUUCCUGAUGAUCUUUCCCUAGACCACUCUGACCUAGUUGCAGAGUUGUUGAAGGAGCUGUCUAACCACAAUGAACGUGUAGAAGAAAGAAAAAUUGCUCUCUAUGAACUCAUGAAACUAACACAGGAAGAAUCAUUCAGUGUUUGGGAUGAACACUUCAAAACAAUUCUGCUUUUAUUGCUUGAAACCCUGGGGGAUAAAGAGCCUACAAUCAGGGCUUUGGCGUUAAAAGUUUUAAGAGAAAUCCUGAGGCAUCAGCCAGCAAGGUUUAAAAACUAUGCAGAACUUACAGUCAUGAAAACAUUGGAAGCACAUAAAGAUCCUCACAAGGAGGUGGUGAGAUCGGCUGAGGAAGCUGCAUCAGUGUUGGCCACUUCAAUUAGUCCUGAGCAGUGCAUCAAAGUGCUUUGUCCUAUCAUCCAAACCGCGGACUACCCAAUUAACCUGGCUGCAAUCAAAAUGCAAACAAAAGUGAUAGAGAGAGUGUCCAAGGAAACCCUUAACCUGCUUUUGCCAGAGAUCAUGCCAGGCCUAAUACAGGGUUAUGAUAACUCAGAGAGCAGUGUUCGGAAAGCUUGUGUCUUCUGUCUAGUAGCUGUUCAUGCGGUAAUUGGUGAUGAACUAAAGCCACAUCUCAGUCAACUCACUGGCAGUAAAAUGAAGCUACUGAAUCUUUACAUCAAACGUGCACAAACGGGUUCUGGAGGCGCUGAUCCCACUACUGAUGUUUCUGGACAAAGUUAGUGAAGCUCACUGAAGUAAACCAGGUCUCUCAAACAGAGGACAGACAGACCACCCUCAUCAACGAAAAGGAAUCUCAAAUACAUUUUUAGGAACUUAAUCGUUUCCCAGUUUUGGUUUUCUGUUUUGUUUUUGUUUUGUAUUUUCUGUAAUAGAGAGCUAUCCUCAGACUGCAUGUAACUUUUAUGAUAGUUAUUCCAAAUUCAAGAAGCAGUAUUAACAUUAAUUGGUCAAUACGAAGUAAUUUUUUAAUCUAAUUCAUCAUUUCACAUGUUUGUACUUUGUCUUCCCAUUAACCUUUGCCAGUGUUAUGAUUGUACACAUUUUUUAAAAUUCUGGUUAAACAGGAAUGCUUAAAGCUUUAAAGGUUUUAACAGUCUAAAACAUUUUUUGCCUCUAUUCAACUGCAGAAUAAUAUUUUUAUUGCUACUUUGAGUUUUGUUCUGUAUCAUGUCCUAUGCUAGAAAUAUUGACAAUGAUGUGAAACAAAGCAGGACUAAUUUUAACUUCAGCCAGACUCUGUUGCUGUGAUGGUGAUACAUACGUCAUUAGUUGCAACUUCUUUGAGGUGAUCAGUAGUUUGAAAA